UCUUGUGUUUUAACUAAUGACUAGACACCCAGUGACAUAGCAACACACUCAAUUCUAUAACUGAAAUGGUCAAGAAGAGCAAUAAGAAAACACCAAAGAAGAAGAAUACAAAGAGCAGCAAUGAUGAUAAGAUUAAGAAGUUAGAAGAUGUGAGAAGGAUAGCUGCUGUUAAUGCCAAGUUAUGGGAGACUAGAGUGGAAAUUGCGGAAAAAGUCAAAGACAAGAUCCAGGAACGUGCAAAACAGUUGGCGGAUGAUAAUGCCAGACUUAAUGAUGCUCUACGUCAAUCAGAAAAGGAAUCAAUGGAUGUGUUUUCUUACUUAAAAAAGCAAAAUGAAGAUAAAGACAAUGAGCUAAAAGAACUUAAAAGCAAAAUCGAAUCCAUGUCCAUUUCUCACGAAAGAGAUAAAGAGUUAAUUAUCAGGGAUGCAAAACAACAGAUUUUGUGCAUAAAUAGUGAAAAGGAAAAAAAGUGCGAUAAAAUUAAGGAACUCGAACAGGAAAUAAUGCAGUUGGAUGAAUAUAAAAGUGAGAAAACACGAACUGAAAACGAAAUAAAACAGUUGCGCGAUGAAGUUCAAAAUCAAAAGUGUCUCAUUGAGAAUAUGGAGACAAAGUUUUUCGAAGAGAAGCUAAAAAUGAGGGAAAGUAGCAUAAAAGAUAUCAAAGCUCUGGCAGAAGAAGCACACAAGAUUUCUAUUAAAAAUUUAGACGAUUCCGUCAAGUUGUCAUUUGUUCAGAACGUCGCAAUGAGGAGAUUUAUAACGUUUUUAAGAAAACAGCUGGUGUCAGCUGAGGACUUAUCAAGAUCUUUGAAUGAAGAAAACAAAAAGCUUACUAUAGAAAAGGAAACCUUGGAAGGCAUUUUGUUGUCAAAGUCCUUGGAGUGCAAAAACCUGAAGGAACUUAUUCAAGAGAAAGAUGAAAAAAUUGAACUUUAUCAAUAUGAAAUUAAACAGUUAACUGAAGAUUUAAAUAAACAAAAAACUAUAUUCAGUGAACAAGUGACACUUCAAACAUUUGAAGCAUCUAAAUCAAUAGAGAGAUUAACUAAAACAUUAGAAUUAGAACGUAAACGAAUGAUACGUAUAUCUAGUUUAGCAAAUAGAAUUUUACAACAAAGAAAUGAAAUUGAAGAAUUCUUUAUUACAUCAUUAAAUUAUGUUCGUGAUGAGAUCAAAGUGAAUCAAAAUAAUUAUAUUCACGAUGCCAAGUCCGCAUAUGAAGCCAGUAUACGACUAGCACAUUUAGGUAAAUCAAAUUAUCCACCAAUUAGAACAUUUCAAAAUAAGAUAACUAGUACAAAUAAUGUAUAUGAUGAUUUUAAAAUUGCUCAAAAAAUUCCGAAAUCAACACAUUUAACAAUUCGUGAUUUAACAUGGGAACAAAAAGAACGUGUCCUUUCUAUUUUAUUUGAAAAAAUGAAUCAUUCCAAAAUGAAAUUUAAUCAUAAAACUAAUCAUAAUAAAUCACCAAUGAAUCAGUUAAAUGAUCAAUUUAAUAAAGAAUUAAUCAUACAAAUGAAUAAUUGUAACAAUGGAACUAAUCAACAGCUUGCAGUGAAUGAACUUGAUUCCAAGUCAAUUGUAUUGACAAUCGAUAAUGAUGAUGAUGAUGCUGAUGUUGCUGAUGAUGAACAUGAUCAAGGUAAAACAAAAGACCAAGUUAAUGAUAAAGUAAAAAAGAAUCAUCAAAAUCAAUCUAAAGAAUUAACAAAGAAACUUUAUGAAAAAGUAAUUCAAUACAAAGAUCAUGUAAUCGAUGAAACGAAUUCAAUUAAUCAGUCGGAUGUUAAAUGUACAUUAGGCAAUGAUUAUGAAACUAUUCAUCAAAGAAAUAUUGAUUCUACAAUGAAUUGUCAAAUAAAUCAAACUAAAGUACCAUAUCCAUCACCUCAAUAGAAUAGAAGAGAAUAUGUAUUGGUUAAUGGUAAUGUGAGAAAGUCAUCUGUAGUGAUUCAAAGAAAAGACAAUUCAAUAUUAUGUACUAUUUCGACA